AUGAGGAUCAAGGUUCAUGGAAGCCCAUUCUCCGGAGCCACACUCCGAGUUGUGGCUGCUCUUCAUGAAAAAGAGCUCGACUUUGAAUUCGUUUCAGUCGACAUGAAAUCCGGUGCUCACAAACAACAACCUUAUCUUUCUCUUAAUCCAUUUGGUCAAGUACCAGCAUUUGAAGAUGGAGAAUUCAAGCUUUUUGAAUCAAGAGCAAUUACGAAAUACUUAACAUACGCUUACAAAAGCAAGGGGACUGCAUUGGUGUUUGAAGACUUGAAGCAAAAGGCGAUUCGAUCUGUUUGGAUGGAGGUUGAGGCUCUCCAAUUUGAUCCACCAGCAAGGACUCUUACUUGGGAGAUUUUCUUAAAGGGCAUGUUUGGGAUGGAAACCGAUAUGGCUAUAGUCGAGGAGAACAAGGCUAAGUUAGCUAAGGUCCUUGAUGUUUAUGAGGCCCGUUUAGGCGAGUCCAAGUACUUGGGUGGUGAAAUAUUCACCUUGGUUGAUCUUCAUCACUUGCCUCAAUUGCAUAUGCUAAUGGGCACUCGAGUGAAGAAGAUUUUCGAGGAGCGCCCGUGUGUUAGUGCUUGGUGUAAGGAUAUCUUGGCUAGGCCAGCUUGGGAAAAGACUGUGGCCUUGCAAAACAAAGCUUAA